GUCCUGUAUGUGGAGGUCGUCGCGCCUUCGGACUAGUGGGAGGCAGGUUGCCGCGCUGGGCCGCGCUGCAGCAGCUGGACCAACGAUCCAGACGAGCUAUUAGCCACAGGGUGCUGCGACAUCUACGGUGGUCAUCACCAAGAUCGGCGAGUGAUCGGCGAGCGGGUCAUUGAGCGAGCGUACGACGGCGAUGGGCUGCGCGAAACGGACCCUGCGAAACGCCCUCUGCGAUGUACAUCGGGCCAUGGCAAGAGUACAAGCUCGCCAAGAUCCAGGACGCUGCGAUCCAAAAGCUCAAGCAGGAAUGGGAAGAGAAGCUCAAGAGCACCUUGGCCGACGAAGAGAGCAUCCGCCAAAUGAUGGAGCCGCUCUUGGCCAAGUUGCCUGGUAUGCUCCUCGAGACGCGGUCCAAGCCCGCGCGCAAGCCGAGCGCAUCGGCCAAGGACCUCGCGACGCCGCUGCUUCGCGCCAAGCGCACGAGCAAUCAAGAGCCGGCAAAGCCACCGACGUCGCUGCCACUGCCGCGAAAGACGCCGUCGAAACCCACGGCGAAGAAACCGCGCCCCAAACCCAAGCCGCUCAGUGGCAUCGAAGCCGUCGUUCAGCGUAAGCAUGCGUACGCGCAAUGGAAGAAACACGACGACAGCGAGGCUCCUUGCGCCACUGUGCUGCCCCCGGUACUGUCGCCGCACGUGCCAGCGCCCAUCGAGGGCCCACGGACCGCGACGCUGCUUCGAGAGACGGAGGUAGUGCACUUGCCGCCGAUCGAUGCGUCCCGGCCCGAGGUCGACGACGACGAUGACACGGCGUCCGUCGACGAAGACGAACUCAACUCGUUCCUGCAGUGGACCGACCAGCUGGCGCUUGGCGCCGACGCCGACCUCGACGCGUUCUUGCGGGACGAAUGAUGCCCAUUGACUUAUAAAAAGAACCUAUUGCU